GAGACAUUCCUUCUCUCCAGAGAUACUGCCCAUAGAUCCUAUAGCGAGCCUGUCCCGUUGAGUUACUCCAGCACUUUGUGUCUAUCUUCGGUUUAAACCAGCAUCUGCAGAUCCUUCUUACACAUGGCGAAGCGAGUGGCGGUGGUGAGCGGCUCCAACAAGGGCAUCGGCCUGGAGGUGGUGCGGGCUCUGUGCCGGCAUUUCGUCGGCGACGUGUUCCUCACCGCCCGGGAAACGGGCCGCGGGCAACAGGCGCUGCAGAAGCUGCAAGAGGAGCAGCUGAAGCCGCUCUUCCACCAGCUCGACAUCGACGACCUUGAUAGUAUCCAGAAACUGCGGGCGUUCAUGCUGCAGAAAUACGGAGGCAUCGAUGUUCUCGUCAACAACGCCGGCAUCGCCUUUAAAGAUGCCGACACCACCCCGUUCGCCACCCAAGUUCAAUUGACCAUGGCGACCAACUUCUUUGCGACCAGGGAUAUGUGCACGGAACUCCUCACCGUCAUCAAACCUCACGGGAGAGUGGUGAAUGUGUCCAGCACCUUGAGCAAGGUAGCACUACUCAAAUGCAGCCCGGAACUCCAAAAGAAAUUCCGCAGUCCUACACUCACUGAGGACGAGCUGGUGGAGCUGAUGAGGAAGUUUGUCGAUGAUGCCAAGAAUGGGGUUCACCUCCAACAAGGGUGGCCUUCCACGGCCUACGGGGUCUCAAAGAUCGGCGUCACAGUCCUCUCCAUGAUCCAGGCCCGAAAACUGAGUAAGGAGAGAGCGGCGGACAAGAUCCUGCUGAAUGCCUGUUGUCCCGGUUGGGUGAAAACCGACAUGGCUGGUCCUAAUGCACCGGGCACGGCAGAAGAAGGUGCCGUGACCCCGGUCUACUUGGCCCUUCUACCAAAAGGUGCGGAAGGUCCACAUGGAGAGCUUGUGAGCAAAAAAACUGUUCAGGAAUGGUAAGCUGGAAGAGCACAAGGCAUUGGUAACAAAAGGGAGAGAGCACAGAUCAUAAGUGAUAGGAGCAGAAUUGGGCCAUUUGGCCCAUCAAGUCCUCUCCGCCAUUCAACCAUGGCUGAUCUAUCCUUCCCUCCUAACCCCAUUCUCCUGCCUUCACCACCUAACCCUUGACACCCGUACUAAUCAAGAAUCUAUCUAUCUCUGCCUUAAAAAUAUCCGUUCAAAGUUCAUAAGAAUAUUCUUGAUGUACUAACUCGGACAUGCUGAUUGUUGCAAAUUUGUGGUUAUAUUGUUCCACCUAACAGUUGGGAUGAGAUUAAAUAUUUUCAAUAAAGAUCAUCACUUUAUCCCA